AUGUACUACUACUCUCCACCAUACUCUCCACUAUUACCAUCUACCAUCAUGUACUACUACUCUCCACCAUACUCUCCACUAUUACCAUCUACCAUCAUGUACUACUACUCUCCACCAUACUCUCCACUAUUACCAUCUACCAUCGUGUACUACUACUCUCCACCAUACUCUCCACUUUUACCAUCUACCAUCAUGUACUACUAUUCUCCACCAUACUCUCCACUAUUACCAUCUACCAUCAUGUACUACUACUCUCCACCAUACUCUCCACUAUUACCAUCUACCAUCAUGUACUACUACCAUCUAGCACCAAUUGAUACAACUAAAUUUUUUUCUGAAUUUUGA